UAGUCUCAAACCAUGAAUUAUGUGGGACAGCUGGCGGGGCAAGUGAUUGUCACUGUGAAGGAACUCUACAAGGGCAUUAACCAGGCCACCCUGUCUGGGUGCAUCGACGUCAUCGUGGUGCGGCAGCAGGAUGGUACCUACCAGUGCUCGCCUUUUCACGUGCGCUUCGGGAAGCUGGGUGUGCUGCGGUCCAGGGAGAAGGUGAUUGAUAUAGAAAUCAAUGGUGAUGCAGUGGAUCUUCAUAUGAAAUUAGGUGACAAUGGAGAAGCUUUCUUUGUAGAGGAAACGAAAGAGGAAUAUGAAAAACUUCCCGCUUACCUUGCCACCUCGCCAAUUCCUACUGAAGAUCAAUUCUUUAAAGAUAGUGACCCCCUUUUGAUGAAAUCAAGUGGAGAUGAAAGAUUACCUCAGAGUGCAGGCAUCUCUCACAUUUUAGAAGCGGAGACAGUUUUCACUCCAGGUUCUGUAAAAAAGAAAAAGCGAAGGCGCAAGAAAUAUAAGCAAGACAGUAAGAAGGAGGAUCAGCCUGCUGCUCUUGCCUCAGGUGACGCAUUGGAUGUGGAGAGAAGCUCCGAUGAUGAGACGCGAGCCCAGUCAGCAAGAGGAUCUUCAAAUGCUUCUUUAAAGGAAGAGGAAUACAAAGAGCCUUUGGUCUUCCAUUCUGGGGAUCACUACCCUUUAUCUGAUGGAGACUGGUCUCCUUUGGAAAACACCUAUUCUCAGGCAGUGUGCCCCAAGAGUGAUUCGGAGCUGGAGGUAAAACCGGUCGAGAGUCUGCUGAGAUCCGAGUCUCACAUGGAGUGGACGUGGGGCGGGUUCCCAGAGUCCACCAAGAUAAGCAAAAGAGAGAGAUCUGACCAUCAUCCUAGGACAGCUACAAUUAUGCCUUCAGAAAAUACCCAUUUUCGGGUGAUUCCCAGCGAAGACACCCUCAUGAGUGAAGUUGAGAAGGACACAUCCAUUGAAGACACAGUCUGUACCAUAGUGAAGCCCAAGCCCAGAGCCUUGUGUAAGCAGCUGAGUGAUACAGUUCCCACUGCAGAACCUCGUGACCCUCCUCUUGAGAAUCCUCCCAUUUCAUCUAUGUUAGAUGCAGACAGUCUUCCUAACCCAUCACCAGCCGAGACGGGCUCAGAAUUAAAACCAGCUGCUAAAGUAGACUCACCAUCAAAGAAGAAAGGUGUCCACAAGAGAAGCCAGCACCAGGGGCCUGACGACAUUUACCUUGAUGACUUAAAAGCCCUCGAACCUGAAGUUGCUGCUCUCUAUUUCCCUAAAAGUGAAUCAGAUCCUGGCAGCCGGCAAUGGCCCGAGUUGGACACACUCUCUGGCUCCCAGUCCCCUCAGUCUGUGGGAAGCGCAGCUGCCGAUAGCGGCACUGAAUGUCUCUCCGAUUCUGCCAUGGACUUGCCCGACGUCACCCUCUCACUUUGUGGGGGCCUCAGUGAGAAUGGAGAAAUUUCUAAAGAAAAAUUCAUGGAGCACAUCAUUACUUACCAUGAAUUUGCUGAAAACCCUGGACUUAUAGACAACCCCAAUCUCGUAAUACGGAUCUAUAACCGUUACUACAACUGGGCCUUGGCUGCUCCCAUGAUCCUUAGCUUACAAGUAUUUCAGAAGAGUUUGCCUAAGGCAACAGUUGAAUCCUGGGUCAAAGAUAAGAUGCCAAAGAAGUCUGGUCGGUGGUGGUUUUGGCGUAAGAGAGAGAGCAUGACCAAACAGUUGCCAGAGACAAAGGAGGGAAAGCCUGAGGCUCAGCCGUUGAGCGACCUGCCACCAAGCACACAGGAGCAGGCCAGUACCAGGCUAUCUGAAGAUGACUCAUCAACUGAUGAAGCAUCUCAAGAGCUUGAGGAAUCCAUCAAAGUGGAGCCCAUUCCUGGGGAGCGCCUGGUCCAUGGCAGUGCCACUUCCUACAAGAAGUCCCUCAGGCUCUCCUCUGAGCAGAUAGCAAAACUGAAGCUCCAGGAUGGACCAAAUGAUGUUGUAUUUAGUAUUACAACCCAGUAUCAAGGGACCUGCCGCUGUGCGGGAACCAUUUACCUGUGGAACUGGAACGACAAGGUCAUCAUUUCUGACAUCGAUGGGACGAUAACCAAGUCUGAUGCUUUGGGCCAGAUCCUCCCGCAACUGGGUAAAGACUGGACUCACCAGGGCAUAGCAAAGCUCUACCAUUCCAUCAAUGAGAAUGGCUACAAGUUUCUGUACUGCUCCGCCCGCGCCAUCGGCAUGGCUGACAUGACCCGUGGCUACCUCCACUGGGUCAACGACAAGGGCACAAUCCUGCCUCGGGGCCCUCUGAUGCUGUCCCCCAGUAGCCUCUUCUCCGCCUUCCACAGGGAAGUGAUAGAAAAGAAACCAGAGAAGUUUAAAAUUGAAUGUCUAAAUGAUAUCAAGAACUUGUUUGCCCCGACCAAGCAGCCCUUCUAUGCUGCGUUUGGAAACCGCCCAAAUGAUGUGUAUGCUUACACGCAAGUGGGCGUUCCAGAUUGUAGAAUAUUCACUGUAAACCCCAAGGGGGAGUUAAUACAGGAAAGGACCAAAGGAAACAAGUCAUCGUACCACCGGCUGAGCGAGCUUGUGGAGCACGUGUUUCCUCUUCUCAACAAAGAACAGAACUCCGCCUUUCCAUGCCCAGAGUUCAGCUCCUUCUGCUACUGGCGAGACCCAAUCCCCAGCGUGAACCUGGAUGAACUGGCUUGA